AAUAUUCGUUUCAGCUUUGGAGACCAUACGACGACUGCACAGCGCAUGCCGUAUUCCGUUUUCCGACUGCAAAAGCAGUAAGGCGAGAAAAUAUGUCGGAUCUAGGAUUAUCCGUAUUGAAUAAAACAACCUUAAACAAUCAAGAAAACCUAUUUUCGAGUCAUGACAUACCAGAAGUGAAGGAUGAAGAGGUCAACGCUGUCGCAACGUCUUUGCAGAACAUAGCUUUAACCCCUACAAGUUUUUGGAGUUCUGCAACAGAAGACGUUACGAGAUAUCCACCCCCACCUGCCACCCAUACAUUUGCCCCACCUCCCGUAAAUGGAACUGGAAUGUUUCAGCCAUUCGUACCGAUGGGGAGGCGGAUGGUAACCCCAAGACCCUAUAAGCAAGGUUAUCCCUCCUGGAGUAAUGGUGUAAGCGGCAGGAAACAGAAUAUGCCCUUUAGGAAGGUGCCUGUAACACAGCCGCAAAGGUUUAAGAGAGAGGACAAUCUGCUACCUUUGCAGGAUCAGGCUGCUGGUGGAGAACAAAUGAAAUUCGCGACUAGUUUGGAGAGUAAUCUGCUUGAUAUAAUCAAGACGGAUCAUUCGGCGAAAGGUUUGUAUAUUUUGCGUUAA